CAAAAGAAACAAAAACUCAGAAAUAAACAUACACAAAUAUGACAAUAUCGCGAUUGAUCAUGAUCUGUUUCUUGGUCGUUGUCAUAACAACAUCAUCUGGUGUUAGUUGCAAAAAAAAAAAAAACAUCAUCCUAGACAAGCCCCUGGCCCCUGGUAUUGGACAAACCCCUGGUAUUCAAGGACCGCCUGGUGUUAUCUUCCCUGUCCCUGAGCCAAGCAUGACCCCUGGUAUUCAAGGACCGCCUGGUGUUGUUGGACAAGGGAGUGGCGUCCCUGUCUCUGAGCCAAGCAUGCCCCCGGUCCCUGAUCACACCCCUAGUAUUCAAGGACCGCCCCUACCACCCGUGGUGAAGGACGUAGUGUUUUCUGUCGACGGAGGGCCAGUCUUGCCCAACGUUCCUUAUUACAUCAGCUUCAUGAGCGCCGACUACGACAUGUGGAUUUGCCGAAUGAAUACAAGAACCACAGAUCCCAAAUUAUGCCCACACCAACCGGUAAUGUUCACUAGACCAACUAUAGCACCCGCGCCUGUUAUGUUUAUAUUACCAUCAUCAACACCAGAUACUUUCAUACGUGAAUCAACUAAGCUUAGCAUUAAGUUCGUAAACCCAAGUGAAUGCGGCGAAUCAGGGGUUUGGAGGGUUGGAAAUGGUGAAGUAGUCCUGGACGGAGUUGAGGGAAGGGAAGAUAGUUUGUUCCGGAUCCACAUGACUGACUCAUAUUACAAGUUUACUAUCGGUGAAAGUGUCUAUCCAAACAUUUAUGAAACGAGUAUCAGUUUAUCUAACAGUCCAAUUGGUAAAGAUAGGUUGAUAGCGAAGCAGCCUUCUGGAGAGAUGGAGGUGAAUUUCUUCCAACAUUAUCCUCCUGAAUAUUAUUAAGUCAUAUGUUUCGCUUUUAACCGGGCUUUACUAUGU